AUGGGCAAUUCAACACCUAUAGAACCAGCUCCCGCCUACGAGGACCUAUUCCACGAGCGCGGUUCAAGCUCACGGAAUGGCUAUACGAUGGUCGGUCAAACAGACACCACCGAUGAACACCACGACGUGGAACAGGGUCACCAUCUCCAUGACGUCCCCGUCCCCGUCCCUGCCCCUAUCGUGACCGUGGCCGAUGAGCCGGUUCCACACAUUCACUGUGCAGAAUGUGACAGGCAACGGGAGCGCAGAGAGAGAAGGGAGAGUUCUCAGAAAGCAUGUGGCAUGGUUUCCAAGACCUUUAUCUUGAUUGCUUUGUUCAUGAUGAUAUUGGGGAUUGUUAUUGUUGGGGCAUGGAAGGAUGUUCGUUUGAAGAAGUUGCAUGGUUAA